UCCUGCACGCACGCGCUGUGGGGCAUUGUGAGAAAAUGGCAGACGUCUCUUUGGAUGAAGUGAUACGACAGCGCGGUAUUAACGCCAAGGCGCCGCUUAAACGUCCCAUGUUUGGACGGGGUGCAGGAGGGGUCGGCAAGAGUUUCGAUGCCCGACAGAAGAUUGGAGCGAAUGAUGUCAGACAGCGGCUUGGAGGAGGAGUUGGUUUCCAAGUGAAAGACGCCAGAGAAAAGCUGGGUCAGAAAGAUGCUCGCUUCAAAAUCCGUGGGCGUGGAGGAGCGACAGGCGGCGUGCAGGAUGCCCGGCAGAUGAUCAACUCACGCAAACAGGGGCAGAAUCAGUUCGGCGUCCCUGCACAGACCACGCAAAACACGGCACUAACACACCAUCUGCAGAGCCCGACACUUGUGCCGCAGAUUCAGAUACACACCAACAACAACCUCGCUGGUGUGAACACGAGGCAGUUUGCCCCGAAUGUACAAGGACUGAGUGCGAGGGGCGGCUCAACGCCUCAGCUAAACAAUAAUAAGAGAAUUAUGGAUGCUCGCGAUAGGCUGAGCCUCAAGAGGAGCAUCGGAGGGACACAGACACAGGCAGCUGUUGCGCCGCCCCUAAAAAUAACCAAAACCAUCCAGCAACGUCCAGUAGGGAUGUCAAGUGGAAUACGUGCAGCUACACAGCCUCUCUCCAGUGAGCUUGAUGGCCCCCACAGUAAACAAAUAAAGAUCACUACAGCUAAUAAUAUGCUUCAGUCACGGUCUGCUGCAGCAGGCUCCACGUUCUCCAUGUCGGCCCCGAUCACCAAGGUGGUUAAAAAUGAUGCUUACACAGCCCCGCGUCCUCCCGUCCCUGUGGCUCCCACCCGACCCAACCCCAGCAUGGCCUCCAGCCGGCCCUCAGCUGCAGCCCUACAACCGGUCUCCAGGACUCUCAAGCAAAGCACAGCAGAAACCAGCACGGCAGCUCCCGCCCCCCCUCAGCCUGCUUUCAGUCCUUUGGAGGGGACAAAAAUAACAGUGAACAACCUGCACCCCCGGGUCACCGAGGAGGACAUCGUUGAGCUCUUCUGUGUGUGCGGCGCCUUGAAGCGAGCUCGGCUGGUGAAGGUGGGCGUGGCUGAAGUGGUGUUUGUGCGUAAAGAGGACGCCGUGAGCGCAUACAGGAAGUACAACAACCGCUGCCUGGACGGCCAGCCCAUGAAGUGUAACCUUCAUAUUCAGGGAAAUGUCAUCACUUCUGAUCAGCCCAUUUUAUUGAGGCUCAGUGACACUCCCGGCGCAGGCAGCAGUACAAAGAAAGAUGGUCUGCCCCCCUCUCUGUCUCGCCCCGCCAGCCAGCGAGCCUCGUCUCAGCCCACUCCGGAGGUGGACCCUCAGACCAUCCUCAAAGCUCUGUUCAAGUCCACCGCACAGUCCACCUCCACCACCGAGCCCCCGAGCUCGCAGGCCACCGCCUUCCGCAUCAAGAUUUAGCUCAUGUCUCGUGUGAAUACACCGUCUGUUCAAAAACAUAUUACUGCAUUCUCAGUGUUCAUACAAACUGUGGUUUUCAUCUCGACAGCAGGCAGCCUCAUUCUCUCAUACGAAACUGAUUUUUACACAUUUGAUAUACCUGACUUCUCCGAACGAGAAAUUUAUGGACACCGUCUUAUUUGGUUUCCAAAUGUCACCCGUUUGUUUCUGAGAUGAGCCGGUGGAAAGGGGAGUGUGAUUCGUUGUUUUAAUCGGAUGUGGUUGGGGAUGACAAAUCAAACUGGAUGUAUGGGGAUUUUUUAUUUUUUGUCAGUUUAAUACCAGCCUGUUUGAUUAUGUUGAGUUUUUUUUUAAUACUCUCCACCCACCCCCACGUCCCCCCGCAAAAAAAGGAGAAAGUGCAGAAUAAUAUGAAAAAAUAUGAUAAAAGAAACUAAUUGGCAGACUGAGCAGCAUUGUCAUUAUUGGGCGACACAUUAUGUUAUUGUCUGUACGCCAGAUUAUACAGACUGAAAAAAUAAAAGUAUAGACUUAACAAUGAAGUUGUCUUUAGCAUAUCUUCGCCACAUCUCCUUUGACCUGAAAAUGACCGAAAACACUUGUAUCAGUUCUCCAGGGACGCUCAGACGAACUAUAACACCACAAUUUCAACAAACCAGUUUUUAAAAAGUCAUAUUAUGUCGACAUGUUUUGUUUUUUAUCAUCCGUGUUGCAUCCAGACUCGUACGAUCCAUCUGUGACUGGUUUUACUCGGUUGUCGGGUUUUGAAGCAGUAUAUUGUUUAGUUCUUCCUAGUAAACAUGACACUUGGUUUUUGUUCAAAGUCUGUAAAUUACUUUCUAUUGCUUUCUUGGUAUGUCAGUCCAGAGACUAGAGAGGUCAGAUCUGUCUGUGAAAAGUCGCCAUUAAAUAUUUAGCUUUGUA